UAGAACACGGCCAUAGGGAGCGGGGUGUCCGCCCGGCCCCGGGCGGUGCCGGCGCUGGCCCGGCCCCGGGGGGGGCGGAGCCGGUCCCCGGUAGCCGAAGGGUUCCGGAGCCGCUCCCGGAGCCGCCGCUUCCCCCCCCCGGCAAUGGAGCCCGGGAGGAAACUCGUGAUCUUCGGCGCUACCGGACGCACCGGACGGGCCACGCUGGAGCUGGCGCUGGAGGAGGGGUUCGAGGUGACGGUGCUGGUGCGGGACCCGGCGCGGCUCCCGGUGCCCCCCCCCCCGGUGCGGGUGGUGCGGGGGGACGCGCGGGACCCCGCGGCCGUGGCCGAGGCCGUGCGGGGCCAGGACGGCGUCAUCAUCGUGCUGGGCACCGGCAACGACCUGAGCCCCACCACGGUGAUGUCAGACGGCACCAGGACCAUCGUGGAGGCCAUGAAGGCUCAGGGGGUCCGCAAGGUCGUCGCCUGCCUCUCGGCGUUCCUGCUGUGGGACCUGCAGAAGGUGCCCCCGCGGCUGCUGCCGGUGACCGAGGAUCACAUCCGGAUGUACCAGAUCCUGCGGGAUUCGGGGCUCGACUGCGUCUGUGUGAUGCCCCCCCACAUUGCUGAGGAGCUGCCGCUGACCCGGGAUUACUCGGUGUCGGUGGGAGCCUCCGGCGCUUCCCGGGUCAUUUCCACGCGGGAUUUGGGCCAUUUCCUGCUCCGCUGCCUCGGCACCGACCGCUACGACGGCCAAAGCGUCUACGUGUGCCAGAGCUACGCCAAGGAAUAGGGAUGAUCCCUCGGGAAUGGGGGAGCCCCCCGGAUUAAAGCCGGCUUUUAUCCCAUCUGGCCAGUCCUUUGGGGAGUCCGGGAGUUAGUGUUGGGAAUGGGGGGGAUGGAGCUGGGAAUGGGGCCCUUAUCCCUGUCCCCAUCCCAAUCCCCGUAUCCCUCUCCCUAUCCCCACCUCACUGUCCCCAUUCCCAUCUCCCUGGCCCCUAAUCCCUUUCCCCAUCCCCAUUCCCGUGUCCCCCAUCCCACUUCCCUGUCCCCAUCCCUCUGUCCCAUCCCAAUCCCUGCUUCCCUGUCUUCAUCAUCAUCCCUCUCCCUUAUCCCCAUUUCACUGUCCCCAUUCCCACCUCACUGUCCCCAUUCCCAUCUCCCUGUCCCCUAAUCCUGUUUCCCCAUCCCCAUUUCCUUGUCCCCCAUCCCACUUCCCUGUCCCCAUUCCUCUGUCCCAUCCCAAUCCCUGCUUCCCUGUCCCCAUCAUCAUCCCUCUCCCUUAUCCCCAUUUCACUGUCCCCAUUCCCACCUCCUUGUCCCCAUUCCCAUCUCCCUGUCCCCCAAUCCCGCUUUCCCCAUCCCCAUUCCCUUGUCCCCCAUCCCACUUCCCUGUCCCCAUCCCUAUUUCCCUGUCCCCAAUCCCAUUUCCCCAUCCCCUUAUCCCCCUUAUCCCCAUCCCAUUCCCCACCCGGAGCAUCCCCCUUUUCCAUGGGGGACACAACCCCAAUUCCAGGGACUUUUGGGACCCGGUAGCCGAAAACGCCUUUUCCCCCCCCUCCGGAAUCACCGCCCCACAUCCCGAUCCCACUCCCGGGAUGCUCAUCCCAUGGGAUGAGGAGGGAGCGACACAGACAAGCGGCUGCAGGAGAAUAUAGACUUUAUAUAAUAACUCCAUCCGUGAAUAAAGGCGACAGGAACCUUCCGGCUUUCCAGGAAAAGGGAAACUCGGGAAUUUCCCUCUUUUUUCCCUUCCUUUUUCCCCUUCGGGAAGCUCUUUCCCAUCUUUAUCCUCAGAAAAACCUGCUCCAAGGUUGGAGGGAGGGGCCACAAAUCCCCUUCCCAUUGGGAUUUGCUGCUGGAAAAGGGGGGGGGGGGGUGUGGUUGGAAGAGAGGGGGGGUGCUGUGGAAAAGUGGGGAAUCCCUUGGGAAUGCCGCCUGGGGUUGUAAAAAUAAAGGGGUUUCUAUUAAAAAUA